AUGUCACAGGCCGUGGGGCAUGCGCUGUACUUCCUCUGCUCAAGGCCAGGAGGCGACGUGCGCGAGGCGGGUCGCAAGGCCUUGAUGCCCAUGUUGCCGGACACCCUCGGCACCAAGAGCUUCUUCAGGACCGUGUCGCAGCUGAAGGUUCCGGAGGGCCCCCAGAAGGGCGAGCCCUUUCUGAGCGUGAUCGGCACGGCGCGACAGGACUCCGGUACCUUGGAGGGCUUCAGAGACCUCGUCAAAGGCUUUGGCUUCGAGGGCGGACUGAUGGCCUCUGAGAUAGAGGAAGGCCAGAACUUGCUUGACGCGAGCGCACUGGGGUACGGAACCUUUGGUGCUGGUGGCUUUUUUGGAGACUCCGAGAAGGCCUGGAGCAAGGACGGUUCCAACAUCAGUAUGGCCAUCAAGGUCCUUGUGGUCCAUGUGAACGGCCAGCGCACCUCGUUCGAUCCUGUCAAGACAGGAGAUCCCAGCAAAGGUGGGGAAGGAAAGUUCGAAGCCGACGGACUCAUGGCCGCUGAGAGGUUGGAGGCCUUAAAAGCCCGGACGAAGCUCAUGCAGGAGGCGGAGGCCAAGCUGCCCGCCGAGGAGCUUCAGAAGCUCUUUGAGGAGACUGUCGCUCGCUUCCGGGCCUCGUCGUAG